AUGAUUAUAAAACUAACAAAAUAAUAAUUAAUUAUUAAAAGUUUUUAAUUUAAUUUAUUAUAUUAUUCUUUCUUUAUUUUUUGGCCUUUCAUAUAUUUUAUAGUCUAUAAGUCUUUAAAAAAUUUAAUUAUUAGUAAGUAUUUUUUAUUAAUUUUAACAAAAUUCAAUACAAUUAAAUAUCCAGAAUUUAAUCUUCUAUUUGAUCAAGAUCAUCCAUUAUUUCAUAUAAAUCUUUUUUGUUAACUUUUUUGUAACCUCUACUAAGCGUAGAGUAUAUUAGCAGAGCCUUACUAAUGGCUUCUUCUGAUUUUUAAUAUUCUUUUAACAUUUAAUAGCUCUUACUAACUUUUAUAAAAGAAUUAACUAAAAUAUAAUGAUUAUCUUUGUAUCUUUCUGUAGAAAGGUUCAAUGCUUCCAAGGAAUAUUGCAAUGCUUUUUAAAAUUGGCCUGUUUCAUCAUAUAUUUUACUUAUAUUUAUCAUCUAAUUUAUUAUUUUAGAGCUUUUAUAUGCUUUGUGUUUGA